GUGAUGAGAUGAUUUCCUGUCUUAUGGAAAAAUAGUUGUACAUGUGAAGAAUAUUUCUACUUUUUAGGAUACUUGUGGAUCCAUCUAUAGCCAAAUUUAAUGAAAAUGCGAAGUCGAAGAUGACAAACGAUCCUGCCAAUGAUGGGGACUACCUCGUUGAGGUGCAGGCUCAGGUGAUGACAAGGGACGAUUCCACACAAUGCUGGGUCCCAAUGGGUGGAGGGGGGCUCAGCACUGUCAAACUGUGCAAGUAUUCUCGCCUAAGCCCCUCCAACAGUGAUCUCAGAACAGAGUAUGUCAUUCAAGGGGAGCGCAUUGCAGACAAAUCAGUGGUGUUAAACUGUGUGUUGAAGAAAGACAUUCAGUACACAAAGGCAAACCCCAAGUUUCAUCACUGGAAUACUGAUGAGAAGCGCUUUGGUCUGACAUUUGAAAGAUCCGACGAUGCAAAAGCUUUUGACCAUGGCAUCCGUCACGCUGUGGCCGAUCUCAGUGAAGGCUAUACAAAUGAAGGAGAAGAAAGAGUUUUUCAGAUGGUCAACUUGCCUAUGACUAGAAAGAACAGCUCAUCACAGUCUGCAUCUACCACCUCCACCACCACAAGUAGCCCUUCGCACCACUCUCCCUCAUCAGUUGUGCCCCCUGGAACAAGUGAUCCUUUCUCUUUCUCUCAUCCUUAUCAAGCCAAUCACCAUCACCUCCACCGCAUACAUUAUAUCUCUGCUCCCCAGCACAAGCCUGUUGGCAACCAUGGAAGUAGUGGCACAACUUCAGGACGCAACGUUGACAAAGACACUGUGGGGACACUGGGAAGUAAAAAGAGUUCCCCAUGCAAAUCAGAUAGCCUUGAGAGCUGGAGUGGUGGAGAUGAUGUGUGGGUGCGAUCUGAUGAGCCCACGUCCCUCAGUGGAAAAUCGGAUAUGGGACUUUUGGAUGGUGAUGGUAAUGGUUACAAAGAUGAGCCCUAUGUGAUCUUUGCAAAGAACAAAAUAGGUGCUCCUCAUGAAUAUAGCUACCCCAGCUUGGAACCUGUUCAGAAACCUCCAGCCAAGCGAGAGAGCACAUCCACAAAAAAGCAACCCAUCACGUCUCAGCCAUACCCGCCACUUCCAAUAAAGACUAAGGAUAAAAAGCACAAAAGCGAGCAGUGCCGGAGGCUGGUCAGUCAGAAGGCAAGGUGCAAACACUGCCGUGUCAUGUUCAACGUUGAGGAAAAUCACAGAGGAAGUUGUGACAGUGCACCUGACACGGUCACACGUUGCAUCGAGUGUGUGACUUGUGUGUGGUGCACAAAAUGUUUGAUUUAUCAUUGCUUAUCAGACGCGGACGGUGAAUUUAGACACCCGUGUGAAUGCGACACCACGGACGACUCCAACUGCAAGAAGUGGACUGUACUGACAAUACUGUCAUUCUUCAUACCCUGUUUAUGGUGCUAUUUUCCUCUGCAUGCGUGCCACCGGUGCGGCACUGCCUGUGGGCUGUGUGGAGGCCGCCACAAGGCAGCAUAAUGCCUGUGUUCCUUUUUCCUAUUUUUUUUCCUACUUUUGGUUGAUCUACUUUCCCCUGUCCCCUCACCCAACAAGGAUAUGCACAAGACUCUUUUUCCAUGUCUGAGCCUUCUGGAAGCUUGUUUUUAGAGGAAGGGAGAGAACUGAAGCAAAAAAUAGUUAAUUUGCAGUGCUGUUGAUGAGUGGAGCUUUUCUGUGUUGUGAGGUAAAAUUUGCCACUGUCUUGUUCAGUGCAUUGUUGACUUUUAAUUUUGUGGAAAGUGAAGCAUUGGCAUGGCAAGACCUGGUGUUGUGGUAAACCAUACACAAAAUAUGCUUACAGAUGUCACAUCAUGCAAAAGCACUGUUCCUUUCCUCACGCAUUUCAGAAGGCUUGUUCACUUGAUUCUGGGGACACUCGAAUUCUGCACUGAUAUGCAGAACAAGUAGAGAGGUGAGGAGAAAAGGUUUCUCUUACAAAUGACUGCCUAGCACCCAUGUGCCAGAAGCCAUGUGUAACCAAUAAUGUAAGGUUCAAAAGGCUGUCAUAGUCCCAGCAUUAUCUGUCCUGCAUCAUAGACUAAAACUCUUUGACAUGUAUCAUCCUUCCCUUUCAUGUGUUUGUGAUGAUUUUGGUUGUUUUCAUACACAGUGAUAAUGUGGAGACUAGUUCCCCCAUGUGUUUUCAGCAGUCAUGCCUUCACUAUACCUUUAUUUCCGUGUUCUCUGCUUAUCCCUUUCUUUGGUUUGUACGAUAAAUAUUUAGGUCCUUUGAUUAUGGUGACUGACCAUGAUAAAAUAGUUACGUAAUUGGUUUUAGUGUUGUUUCAGACAUUUUGUUGUUGUAUGUACAUGUAUACAAUCGUAUAUAUCUUGCCAUUUACCAUCCCUCUUUGAGAGAGAUUGCUUAUUAGAUUUUCUUUUUAAUGCCAGCAUGCAUGCAUUAUUUUUCUGUUAGAAUGUUAAUUUCUGUAUGCAUGUGUGUGUGCGUGUUUCAUUUGCAAGACAGUGCACAUAACACUAUACAAUUUGUACAGUUGGGUAUCAAGAGUGUUUUAAAACCUGUUGAUCUCUUAAUGAGAGUUAUAUUUUAUAUUUUCGAAUUAUGAGAACUGCCCUUCCCUCUCUGUUCUUCAAUAUUCUCCCCAGCCACCAACCAAGUCCUCUGCCAUGCUCUUUAGCCUCACUUAUAAGAUCUCUGUCCAUUCUUUAAAAGAAAAAAAAACUUUUAGUACAGCCUUUUUUUUUUAAUUAUUUUUUUCGAAUAGAACUGUCUUUGCAUCUUAUUUUCACUCUUUUUCAGAACUUCUUAUCCCAUUCUCACUCUAGCUCCAUUUUGUUUUAUUCUGGUCAGUAUUUUUAGAGUUUCAUCUAUUGUUACAAAAGUCUGCUGGUUGUCAUGGCACUGUCAGAUCUUGGUGUUGAAAAUUAGAAUUAUGAUCCACUGUUUUAGAAACUUCACAACCUACAAGGGUGUGGGAGGUCUGCUGUCCCUCCACUGCCCAGCAGGUUUCUCCUUUGUUUUAUUAAAGACUUUAAAACAGCAUGUAUUUAACACUAGUGGCGGGGAUGUUGGUUUUCAUCCAUGUGCCACAGUCACAUUUCUCGCAAAGGGCUAAAAACUAUUUUGCAGCUGUUACUACAUAUAUACUGUUUUAUUUAAAGCCAUUCAAAUAGGCUCCAUCUGUAUAUUUUCAGACAGAUUGUUUACGAAAUAUGAAGUUGAUCAAGAGUAGAAAUUAUAAAAGAGCUGUUUUUUAUGCAUGUAUGCAUCUUUUUUUUUAAAUAUAAAUAAACGAUGCGCUCCGAGAACCUGUGCCUGUAGGCAUACCAUGUUCUCAGUAUAAUGUUUAUUUUCCGUAAAAAGUCUAGAUUGUUUUCUGUUGAUUUGGGCAUGAUGUAGAAGAAGGAUUGAUGUGUCAUGAUAAUGCUUCUAAACACCUUGCUGUAGAAGUUUUCCUCUUUUUUUGUUGUUUAUUUUAGUUGUUUUCAGAGCAGCACAUUGCUCCAGCUUUCUUCGAUUAAAACUUCAGCUGACAGUGCAAGCAUCAAAGCAAUUUGCUUAAACGGCUUUUUUGUGCCAGUUUCAUCUCAGUGUUUGUUUUAAUAUUAUUAGAACCAGUAUUUAACGCUGAGAUUUUCUGCCUCUGCCCAGUCUUUCACAAUGAGAAAGACACUGGCUGUUUAAGUGGACGUCUCUGGUAAUGAACCACCCAGCCUCUAGCUCUUUUGUUGGUAUCACCGUCCAGUCUUAGUGAAAUGUUUGACCACCGCUAUAAAUUUCAUUGGUUGUUCUUUAACUUUUCUCGUUCCUUCUUAUCCUAUCCCUCAGCCACUUCCACCAACUAUGUUCUGUGAGCAUGAAUUGCGUAUGCUUUUGUUGAUCCCUCCUCACCCACUGCUUCCAUUCCUCUUCAGCUUCAUUUUUCAGCUGUGCUUCUUUGUCACUGUUACUGGCAAUACUUUAUAUACAUGAUUUGUAUGUGAGCUUGCAUUCUGUUGCUGAUGUCCUUAUUCAGAAUGUUGAAGCAGGUUUGUUGUGAGUUUAAGAAGUUGUGAUUGUAAAGCCUGGCCUUGUGCCUGCCUGUUAUGCCAGAGGACCACAGAGCAUGUGAACUACAGGUUGUUAGUGUUUUUAGGUUGUUUUAUAACAGUCCUUUUUUACACACCAUGUAGUGUUAUGUUUUUGGUUUAAAAAAAACAAAGAUUUUACAAAGUAUGAAUUUUGUGCAAUAGUCACUAACCACAUGCUUUGAGAAAGAAUGAGUUUACAUACCAUCAUUCACUUGCGUAUGCUUUUUUUUUUUUUUACCUAAACUUUUUGGAGUGUUUACUAUUGAAAUUAAAAGCCUUAAAACAGCACUAAUGAUAAAUUAAUAUAGCUGAUGAGGGGUUGAAAAUAGUUAAAUGAGUUACAAAACAUAUUAAAGGAACUGUUAAAAGUGAGUUCUUAAAACUGCUUUAUCAGAUAAUUUUUAUGUGUGUGUGGGCGCUGGCAUGACAAAAGUACAAUUAACUCAUUAAAUUUGAGGAAAUACAGAAGCUAUCAUACAUUGUGGAAGAAGGGAAAAUAAUAAAAGGUUUAAAUAAAAAUUUCCUAUUAUGCUAUUACGUGCAUCAAUGGUGCUUUUUUAAAAUAUUUGAACCAUAAAGUAAAUUAGAUAAGUUAAAAAACUGGGUGGGACUGAUGAUUUUCUUAUAACAUGUUUUUCCUGCAAUUCACAUUGUGUGAUUAUAGCUUGAAACAAGAAAAAUAGUGUAAUUGGGCUUUUCAUAGACUAACCUGAGUCAAUAUGAAGUUUAAGGGUAUCGCAACAGAAGUUUGGUUUAAGUAGAAGAUGCUGACCUGAAGAAACAUUUCCACACAAAAUCAGUGUUGUUUAUUUACAAUCAUGUCUUUAAAAAAAAUAUGAAAGCCAUAUUUGUCUCCAUUCUAGUACGAGAGCUCUCUUUCAAUCUCUUAAGGGUGGCUUUCGAUUUGAGAAGAUAGUAUGACUGAGGAUGAAGUCAUUGAACAGUAACACCAAGUGCCACUGAAGCAACUGUUUGUUCAAUGUGACGAUCACUGUGGAAAAGAAAAAAAUUGAGUAUGAAUGUGUGUGAUAGAGAAAAAAGGAAUGUGCACACAAAUUAGGGUCAGUUUGUACUUCCAAAACACCACAGAAACAUGAAGGCCUCCUUGAACCAUCACAGAACAAUGCUUUGGACAUGAUUGUAAGUAAACUGUUGUUUUGAGUGGAAGGGAUCGAGAACUUAAGUAUCUUUCAUUAAAGCCAUCUUUUGCUUCACUUGCCUUUCCCUUUAAACUCAAAGUUGCUGCAGCUUAACAUUAAACUGUCAAAAAUUUGUUGCAAAAUUGCAUAGUGAAUUUUUAAUCUUUUCUGGAUUGACCUUAAUUCCAAUGACAAUGAAGUUCACAGACAAUGCAAUAGCAUCAAGCAUAUGCUAAUGAUGCAUGACCCAAUUAGCUUUUUAGGUGGCAGAUGAGAUUUUUACCUUUUUUUCCAAAACCAGUGAAAAUUACAGUGAUCAAACUCAUCCUGGAAAUGGAAAAGCAUUGUUCACUUAGAAUUAGCAUUUUUUAAUGAACUAGGGUUGCCCAACCUAUGGCCUGCGAAGGUGCCUCACCCGGCCCGCUCAUUUUAACCAGACACAUCAUAAUUUCAUUUUUAACAUGUUUCUGGAAAAACCAACAUGUUCUGGUCUGCGAGAUUGUACAUCAUGUCCAGUGUGGCCCUUGUGCAAAAAAGGUUGGGCACCACUGAACUAAACACAGCUUUGAAAAUGAAUAUACGCUCAGGUUAAUGUAGCAUUCAAUGUAGUAAGUGAAUUAAGAAACUGUUGUCACUUCGUUCUUAUAAUUUCAUCCUCUGUACAUGAUCAUUUCAGUUUGUGUGUGGUCAGACAUGAAUGCAUGCUAGAAUUGAAAGCACAAUGUUGCUACUUUUCCUUUUUCUGCAAUUUUUCUUAAUGUGAAAAAGUGUGACAUUUGUAAAUAUAUACAUAAAAUAUAAAACAUUUUAUCAGCAUACAACAGUACUUGUGCAUAGACAAAGCUAACUCUUGCGAAUGAGUGGAUGAACAUUUUGCACUGGACAUAAUGGUAGCACAGGAGUGGAUGCUAAAUUUUGGUUUGUAUACUCUAUUUUUCCACUUUGAUCAACCUUUGUGUUUUUGGUUUUUUUUUUUAAUUUUCUUCUUUAGUUUCAUGAUAUUGGUGUGGUUGUUUGAGAGAGUGUGGCCAACACAAGUUUUUAAUCACGAGGUGUUGACCUUUGCCAGCUAAAGAACAGAACUGUAUUCUGGUCACAUUUGAAUCCCAUUCUGUGUGUGACAAAACAUGAUUCUGUGGAGGCCACAGAUAACUUUUGACAUGUGCUUCUUAGUUAUUUAAACACUGUUAUUUGGCAAGAGUUAUGGUCCUUUUCAUGUGCAUUUGGUCGUUAAGAAUGUGUCAACUUUAUAGUUUAUACUUUUAUCGAAUUACAACUUGGUAUAUUCAGAAAUAAGUAUCAAUAUUAAAACAAAUGGUUUGGCGAUUGUGUAGGUAAUGGUGGUGUACAAUUACUUGUCAACACUGGUAGUAUGCAUUACUAUUUUUUGGGGAUUUGGGGAAAGGAAAGAAACAGUAGUGGGGGGUGGGAAUAUCUCUGUAAUGUAUUUAUAAGAACUAUAGGCAAAAAACAGAUUAAGAUUUUUAGCGAUUGUCUCUUUUGUAUUCUGCAGGAAAAUUAUGACUAGUGUGGGGCAUUUUAUGUGAUUUCUUAUUGAGAGAGCUCUUUUUUAAAAUAGAAGAUGAAACGCAUUUUGGGAAGGUGACUGGAACACUCCACUAAUAUGAGAGUGAGGAAAAUUGUCAGACACAGCAGGACAUGGUACAUAAGCAUAAUUUUCCUAAGUAUAUGAAGAUGCCUUCAACAAGGUCAUUUGCAUCAAAAGUGAGUGAAUGCUUCUCAGAAGGCUAGCAUCAUGCAUGCAGUACGAAAGGAUAUGCUGACCACAGACGACAGGUGAACUUGUGAAUUUCCUGUUUCUGCCUUGUGAGAGUGGCUGUGUCCUAAAGAGUGCUCACCAGGAUUACAAAGCAACUUCAGCAUGUUCUGACAGUUUUGCUGAGCUACUCCAUUUGGGCAGUUUGCAUCUUGAAGCACCACAUCUCCUUCAUGUGUUUAUCUGUUUGCCACUUACUGGGGUUGGGUAGUAGGGGGAGGGUGGUGAGAGGCUGGCAGUACUUCUAACAUUUUCUCCUCUUUUACCAGUCUUUGAUUUUUAUUUAUUAUUUUCAAAAAAAAGGUUGUGUCUCUUUGCACUUUUUGGAGGUUUAAUGCAAAGAAAGUUCAAAAGUUUUUUGUGAAACUAAUUUUUGUCACUGUGGUUUAAUGUCGGUUGUGUAGGACCCGCUUGUCCAUGUCAUGGCAUUUAGUCAGCGUACAACUAGAGGAAGUUAAUCAUUUUAUUUUGUAAUCAUGGAAACUGCACAGUUUUGAAAGUUGUGGGAAAGGUUUGAUUCGUGGUGUGCAGAGAGUGCGAGUGAGUAAACUUUGUGAUUUGUGGGAAUCCUUGCUGCACAUAGCAGAAAAUGGUGAGCCCAAGAGGUGAAAAGUGCGCGUGCUUUUAUUACGUGUACGCAUGCGUUUGUCCUGCCAGUGUACUGCCUGUCUGGUGUUGGCUGUUUUGUUUUGUACUGCUUUAGAGGAAACUAUAUUUCGCCCGUGGUUCAAAAAUGGUGCUUGAAGGGGGAGGGAGGGGUAAAAACAUUAAAAUAACGAACUUGAUGCCAAUGCAAAUUGAGCAAUCUGUGCGUGGGUUUUGCUCGAGCCAGGUCACACGGUUAUCGGUGAUAACAACUGAUUUCCUCCAAACAUGAUACGAAGCGUCGGUGUGAGCAAAGGGUAUAACACCAUCGCCACUGCCACUACCACCACGACCACAACCCAGCCACCCACCCCUUACCCCCCCUGAACUUCCCCUACCUCAUGUUCGCAGGAAGAAUGGGGUUGAAGAAAAAAAUCUGGUGAUGUUUUGGCAGAUGUUUCUACGUGAGCGACGCAAGGCCUCUUGCUUGCAGCUGCGCAUGUGCGUUGGGGCGGCUGCUCACCUUGUUUGCGCGCGCUUUGCGUGUCUCCCUCCCCAUCCUCCUCCUCCUCCUUCCCGUCCGCAGCACAGCGAAGACAAGUGGUGGCCACUUCCUCAUGGUCUGCACCGUGCUGGCUUGCUUGCUCGCUCGCUUGCUUACUAGUCUGCUGCUGCUUGCAUCCCUAACGUCUUGCCGCGUGCUUGGCACGCGCUUCAGACCGUUUUUUUUUUUUUUUUUGCGCGUGCGCAAGUGCGGAAUGUUGCAAGCUGUUUUAGGCCUGCCGUAUGAACGGAUGCAGCUGCAGCUGGGCUGGCAAACGAUGAUGCGAGUGAGCAGUGUUCAGUUCGCACGAUUCUGCGACAGUGUUGCGUUUCUUUGGCCGUGGCUAGAGGCAUUAUCUCUGUCUCUCAACCCCUUUCCCCUUAAAUUCCUUAUUGAUUGUUUGCUUGAGGAGUUGCGAGUUUCUUACUAAACUGUUCCUUACGAGUUGUGUAUGUAUGAAAUGUAUGUGGUUGGGUAAGUGAACUGUGUGAGCGCUGUUCACAUAAACCGUCUUUUUCUAGCCUCUGCUUAUCUCAGGACUACCGUCGCGCUGUGCAAAUGGUUGGGUAGCGUACCCGUGUACUUAUGAAUGAUGGAGCGAAACACAAAGUGUUCUUGAAAGUGUUGGAAACGUGGGGAUGAAGCUUCUAGAAUUCAGCCAUUGCUUCCACUUGUACGAGGUCGGGUCUUGCGAAGUAAAAUGUAGGUGUAGACAUUGAACUCUUGAUACAAUGGGCUUAGGCUGGCAGCCAAGUAGAACGUAUUUUUGCCUAAGGAGCUUGCACGCGGGGGAACAGAGGCGAUCUAAACAGUGUUUCGACAAAUCGAGCGUUGGUUUCGGCGAGUGUUUCGUUGUCUCUGCUGUCGCCGGUUUCCCCCGAGGUCGUCAGUGCGUCUCUCUGACUGAACAUUGUUGUUGCUGCAGUAACGGAUGGUUAAACCAAAGGAAGGGGGAAGUUGUUUUAAGGUGCACUGGAACCUUCACUGUGUAUACAGAUGAAUUCGAGUUGCUGUGGUUUAUUAUGCAUGUGACGGUUCUUCCAGACGACACGUGCACAUAGACUACAUCGAGGGUGUUUCGUGAGCUGCUUCGUGAAGUGGACGGCCUGGUGGACGGCCACCGUUCCUGACUGCCUCAAAUGGGAGGGAGCCAGCAUAGAACAACUCAGAGGACGAGGUCAACCUCCUGGAAGGUUUUGCUGUGCUGUCUGUCCUACUUGACACACACGCAAGUGAGGCUAGCUUUGCUACUAGCAGGUGUCGAGAGCUGCUCCACUGCCUACAUUUGCGUUCUUCAUUUUGCCAGCGGAAGUGACCCUGUCAGCGAAAGGUCACUGCCAGUUCUGUUGAAUAAUAAACCGGCUGGCUUACCGACGCGUCCUCUGUCAGGAGUAGUAGGUGCAUGAGGGCGGAUGGGACGUUACAGAUGAAUAAUUACUCAUUCUUCGUGCCCUCGGAUGUCUCAACUGGGCUUUGUAGGCUGAGUGUUUAUUAUUCUGAAUGUAGUGGCGAUGUCCUGAAUUAAGGACGCUCAUCGUAUUUUCAAGAGAAAAAAGUUCUCGCGAAUGAGUUAUGGACGACUGACCCCUUAACAGCUCACCCUUCCUCGUCUGAAAUCUUUUCUGCCUUUUAUUUUAACUAAUUGAAUGAAUCAGUAGUUUGCAGAUGAUGCAUGUUUGUGAACUACUUGGUGGUUUUAUUUUGAUGACCGAGUAAAAGGUGUAAUCCGUAAUCACCUUGAUUGCCACCAGGGCAGCUUCAGACCUUAUAGAACUUUGUACCAAUCGUGCAGGAAGGAAUCGUCACAGUGAUCAUACUGCUCCUCAUUCCUCUCUUUCCGCAAAUUCUCACAAAGUGUGAUCGUCUUGCUUGCCACCAUGCUCUUAAGGCUGCGAAGAUUAGGAAAAUGGAGGUCCUGCUUCAAACGGAAGCAGCUUGGGAAGGAAUGAUAUUACAGAGCUGGGGGAGAAUGUUUCAACGACCGGUUUACUUCACGGAAAUGUUACCUCGACUAGAGUGACACGGCGGUUUUGCAUUUACAAACCAGUCCUUUGAUGCCUUUCAUUGUGUAUUCCAAGAAUACCGUUUAGCUGUUGUGUCGAUUUGUAACAUGUCUUCAGUUUCAGAAUCUUGUAUGUCCUCGGCGACUGCCCAUUGCUAGUCGUUGAAUGUUAACAGUGGCUAAACUCACGGCUGGGGGUUUAUCAAGCAUCUCCAGUCUCAUGUCCGUUUGCAUUUGUACAGAGCUUAAUGCUGGAGGAUGAACGCUGCAUGCAGAGUUUGUGUGUGUGUGUGAGAGAGAGAGGUGACUGAAACAAGGAGAAUUUGCAUGCUGUUAUCUGUUUGCCUUUGUCUUAAUUUUAACUUUCACACGUUACUGUAGAUGAAUGGGGGAUGGGGCGGGGGAUGGCGAUCAAAUUAGAGCAAGUGGGUAGAAACUUGCGAAAGUGGCUUUUCUUUUGAUUAUGACUUUACUCGGAUUUGGGCAUGUUAAGAUUUGAACCAUUUUGUACAAAAGUACACGCUUGAUUAAGAAGGGUUUGUAUAUGUUUGCUCUUCGUGGAAUAACGAAAAGCUAUGUUACAAAAUGGAUUUUAACCUGCGUUCUUUUAUUAUGGUUGUCAAUGCUAUUUUCAAUCAUAGUCAGGCUUUUAAUUUUUCUAAACAUCAAAAAGCUGGCAGCUGAUUGGAAUGAUGACUGUUAUGAAACAAAUGUCAUUGAUAAACUAUUCUUAACAUAU